UCCAAUUGGUGUAUUGGUGGUCAACGUGGCACCGCGUUUUCUGUCUCAGCUUCAUUUACCUGCUGUGGCGCUGUUCUCGGCUCAUAAUUCCUGUCACUUCAACAAUUUUUAAGCUCUCAAGCGAUUGCAAGUUAUCUCCCAAGCUUCUCUUCUCUCGGCGGCACCAACAACACGUAAACUUGUAAAAGCGCUUUUUUCAUACUCCCGGUAGCGAUUUUAGAUGGACUUUUCAGCUAGAAAUGAAUCACUUACCUCGAAUCUUCAAUUAUAGAAACCAGUCAAGAGACAUGGACUCGAACAAAAAGAAGACUCGAGGGAAACAGCCGAAGCUGGAACGCCGUAAUGCUGCCAAAAAUUUCAACUACGACGCUCAACCGUCGUCGCCGGAGUCCUCAACUUCGGCAACAAUUCUCUACACUCGAUCGCUGGAUUUUUACGACCGAACUAGCUUCCGAGUCGAAGGCGUCGAAGGUGAAUUGGAAAUCAUUUGCAGGAGCUUGGGUCUCUCCGGACCGGAUGAUUUCUCAAUUCCGGCGGCGACCUGGGAGGCAAUGAAGGUUCGGUCUUCGUCUGAUGUUCUGCCGAGGCUGAAUCCCUCCGAUUUCAAUGAAGCGAAGAUAAACAAUGAAGUUGGAGCAGUAGCGUCCGAAGAUAGGGUUUCAAUUAGAGAUUCUCCUGCCGAGACUAGCGGUUGCUGCAACGCUGGCAAUGGCAGCGGAGAAUAUAAGGUUUUUGAUGAGGUCAGCCAUUGCUGUACCGGCGACGAAAAUAGGGUUCCGAUUAGGGGUUUAUAUGAGACGAACGAUUCAUAUACCACCGGUGGAGGCGGUAUCAAGGGGUUUAGACCUCCAAUGCUUAAGCCGCCGCCGGGGUUUAGGGUUUCGGUUGUGGACAACACGUGCUCCACGUGGGAUCUUCUGAAGGAUUUCGCUCCAGUAGGGGAAGGAAGAGGAAAAGAGAGUUAUGUGGAGUUAAGUGUUUCCAACAAUGACAGAGAAGAAGAGGAAGAGGCGAAAGAUGAAGAAGAAGGGGAAGUUGGUGGAGUGAGAUUAAAGAGAGUAGAAGAGGAUAAUGUUGAGAUUAUUGGUGUUUUUUCGAGAUCGUGUUCGUUCACAACUUCACACGAAGAUGACUCAUCUAGUACUACAAUGGAUACUAGGUCCAAUAGUAUUUCUCCUAACGUGAGAUUCAAGCCUGUUAUUACUCCUGGUAGCUGGCAAAAGGUUGGGCUUUUGGGGCGUGGUUCAUUUGGCUCUGUCUAUGAAGGAAUGUCUGAUGAUGGGUUCUUUUUUGCCGUAAAAGAAGUUUCACUGCUUGAUCAAGGGAGUCAGGGAAAGCAAAGUGUCUUUCAACUGGAGCAGGAAAUUGAUCUUUUGAGCAAGUUUGAACAUGAGAAUAUUGUUCGAUACAUUGGCACUGAAAUGGAUGAUUCAAAUCUAUAUAUCUUUAUCGAAUUUGUAACCAAAGGUUCUCUUUUAAGCCUUUACCGGAGGUAUAAACUUCGAGAUUCCCAAGUAUCUGCAUAUACAAGACAGAUUCUGCAUGGUUUAAAGUAUCUUCAUGAUCGUAAUAUUGUUCACAGGGAUAUUAAAUGUGCAAAUAUAUUGGUGGAUGCAAAUGGAUCUGUCAAGGUUGCAGAUUUUGGAUUGGCAAAGGCAAUCAAAUUGAAUGAUGUUAAAUCAUGCAAGGGAACAGCAUUCUGGAUGGCACCAGAGGUUGUAAAAGGAAGAGUUAAAGGUUAUGGACUUCCAGCUGACAUAUGGAGUCUAGGAUGCACUGUGUUGGAGAUGUUAACUGGGGAAAUUCCAUACUCUCCUAUGGAAUGUAUCAGUGCAUUGUUUAAAAUCGGAAAAGGUGAACCACCUCCGGUGCCUGAUUCUCUUUCAAGAGAUGCACGUGAUUUCAUCCUACAGUGUCUGAAAGUUAAUCCCGAUGAUCGUCCCACUGCGGCUCAACUCUUAGACCACAAAUUUGUCCGGAGGUCAUUUUCGCAGUCCUCUGGCUCUGCAUCUCCACAUAUUCUGACAAGAGGUUAAAUCCAACUAUGGAACAUAAUGCAGGAGGAGGAUAAAGAGAAUAAAAGGAUUUCUAACUGGUUUCUGGGGGAAUUCUCAAAUGGUAAAUUAGACCCAAGCUAGCCAUUGCAGCACUGGUUUAUCUUAUCUUCUUCACUAGCUUAUUGGAUUAUUUAGCUCUUGAUGACGGACUUGUCAUUCAUUGAAUUUAAAAUGCCUCCGUGUUCAGUCUUCAAGUUGUUAAAGUUGGUCUAGAGGUUCAUUAUUGUAACAAUUGUUGGCGUUGUUGUGCGUUUAGAUUUCAGAGUUUUCUUGGUUAGCUUGUAACUAAUAUUUUAGGCACUGCUUCCGUUCUAACCAUUGAUAUGGCACUCCAUAGAAUUUGCUCACCGUUUGGGACAUGAGGCAUUAAUAUCAUAUUUGAGAAUUAUAGUCCUUGCUGUAAACUUCUGGGAGCAAUAGGAGCAAGUGGACACUAUGUUGCCAUUUGUAAAUGUUAAUUUUGUUAGCUGGAAAUUAUGAGUGUGCAUCUUUAUUCCCAAACUUGUUUUCAUUUUCAAUUAUAUUACCAGGAAAUGAUUAGUGCAUUUUUUUUAAUAACAUCGCUUAUCAUUAGAAAAAAUUAACCCAAGCCCAUAUCUGAGCGUAACUAGGCUAAAGUACAAGAGGGAGGGUUACACAACUAGGUAUUAUUUGGAGGAAAUUGCUCAUCUCCCCCACCUCCCAUUGAUGCUCAGAGGCCCCCCAAACAUCAUGUAAGACAUGUAACUUUCUAAACUCUAAUCUAUGCAAUUUUGUUGUA